AUGGAACCAAAUUCAGACAUCAUGUUUCAAACUACAGGCUGCACAUGGCUGAGUCCCAUCAGCGAGAUCCUGCGGCUUCCUCUGGACCAGGUGAAUUUCAUAAUGUGUCAGGUUUUUGGCCUGGCUGCUGCUUUCUGGUUUCGCCUGUGUCUCAAUCCUCAGCGGGUCAGUCCAGGUGUCCGUCAUGCCGUUGCUACUUUCCUGGGAGCAUCCAUCAUUAUCUUCUGCUUUGGAUGGUAUUCAUCACAUGUCUUCAUCUUGGCGGUCGGCAGCUACAUCAUUUUGUGCAGAGCGAGCGAACACAAUGUUCACUGGUAUUUGAUGAUUGUAGCGAUGGGCUACCUCACAGUGUGCCAGAUCAGCAGAGUCUUCAUCUUUAACUAUGGUGUCCUGUCCACAGAUUUCUCGGGGCCAGUGAUGAUGAUGGUGCAGAAGAUCACCACUCUGGCUUUUCAGGUUCACGAUGGCAAGUGUGGUAAGGAGGACGAGCUCAAUCCGGAGCAGAGACGCCUGGCGGUGGUGACCAAACCGUCACUGCUGGAGUAUCUCAGCUAUACCCUGAACUUUAUGAGCAUCCUGGUGGGGCCUUACACCAACUACACAGAUUAUAUCGACUUUAUCGAGGGUCGCCAUGUACAGAGCAAGCUGCAGAACGAGCCGGAGCAGAACGGCAAGAACGGACUUUCAGAGCCUUCACCCUUGCGCCCUGUUUGUCAGAAGCUGCUAAUAUGUGUCGGCUGCAUCUUGUGGUUCUUCGCCAUCACCAAAACGUUCCCGAUCAGCAACAACGUGGAUCCACAGUUCAUUAACGAAACCUCGUUCAUCAGCAGGCUGGCGUACGCCUUCGUCUCCAUCCAGGCAGCACGACCCAAGUUUUACUUUGCAUGGACUCUCGCUGAUGCUGUCCAUAAUGCAGCAGGAUAUGGAAUUAGCGGGCUGGAUAAGAAGGGACGAGUAUCCUGGGACCUGGUGUCCAACAUCCACAUCUGGGAAAUAGAGACGGCAACCAGCUUCAAAAUGUUCAUAGACAACUGGAACAUUCAGACGGGCGUCUGGCUAAAGAGUGUGUGUUACGACCGCGCUCCAUUUUUCCGGACAGAGCUGACAUUUGUACUGUCAGCCCUGUGGCACGGAGUUUACCCCGGGUACUACUUCACCUUCCUCACAGGCAUCCCCAUCACAUUCUCCGCCCGCAUUAUGCGCAGAAACUUCCGCCACUUUUUUUUGCACUCUCGCUCAUUGAAGCUGGCAUAUGAUGUCACAACCUGGGCAGCCACGCAGUUCGGCAUCUGUUACACAGUGAUGCCCUUUUUGGUGCUGGCAGUGGAGCCGACACUGAUAUAUUACAGGUCCAUGUACUUCCAUGUGCAUAUCAUCAGCAUUCUGAUCAUACUCGUCCUGCCCAGCAGACCCAAGCGGUCCGAGGAACCUGCCCGAAUCUCCAACAAUAACGUUCAGGGAAAAUAA